UGAAUCCGCCAACGACAUCAUCCACGAUCGGACCAGGUACCCCAACAACAACAACGACAACAAGGGCGAACCAUCACGAAUCCGCUCGAUCUUCUAGCCCCCAUAUUUACAAUUAUCGUGCCUGCGUCGUAUAAAAAGAACAGUUAACCAAUAUCUGGGAAGAUGGCGAACGGAUGGAGCAUUAUCAUCGGCCUGGUGGUUGUCGCCGGCAUGUGCGUGGCCGCCUGGAUCUUUUCGCCCAAGGGUGAGAACCAAGUACUAUGGCGAUCGUCCCUCAUCCUCGCCUUCGUCAGCUGUUAUCUCAUGUGGGCUAUCACCUUCCUUGCGCAACUACAUCCCCUCAUCGAACCCAGACGCUCCGAUUUGCGCAAAGAAUACAUUCACCACUGAAACGAGAAAUGAUGGCGGCAACGACAAUGACGAACACGACAAGAAGAAGCUUGACGAGAGCCGAGAAACCGAGGCGAGAAAGACACUCAUGUCUGGCAUACGCUGGGCAAUAAUGACCAGAGAAAGAGAAGAAGAAGGAUGGGAGCGGCAGUUCCGGUAGACGAGACCUGGACUGUUGUGGCAUUGCUAAGGUUGUAUGAAUACCCCAACCAACACUUAUACACAUAUCGGAGAAGGCGGGCAUGGCGUUAUUGGGCGGAAUAUGCAACUUUCAAAAACUGGUGCAUUAUCAGAAACAUUGGGAGAGAGGGCCCUGAUGAGUUAGCCUUUAAGACGGCAGGCGCUAUGCGGUCCGUCACCAUUGACAACGAGGAGAUAGGGCCAAUAAUGAGAUUCAUUCAAUACAAA